AAACACUUUGUGCUCUGGUCUGUGUUCAAGUUUUGGCGUCUCUUUUCAAACAGAGAAUCUUCAACAGUUUACGAGAUUUUUCAUUUUGAUUGUUUCUAUGAUGGGUUUUGUAAAGAUUUCGUUUUUCUUCUCUCUAUAUUAGUCUUUUCCCGCUGAUGUUUGUAAUGGAAGCUGAGAGUUUUUAAACGGGGGAAUUUAUUGCCGACCAAAGCCCAGACAAAAACCAAAAAGAAAAACAGGUCUUUUGUAGAUUCUCUAUAUUUCUAACUAUCGGGUUUUAAGGAAAAUAAGGCUUAAACUUGUUUUGAAAGAUUUGGUAUUUUCAAAUGGGUCUGUGUCAUUCGAGAACUGAUAAGACCACCAUGAGGAAGGAGAAGGAAACGGGAACAUCAAGCAAUGCCAUUACUACGGCGGGGAGACAAAGCUCUGGGAGGCCGAGAGAUUUAUAUAGCGGCGGCCAAAUCGAUGAGAUUCAACAAGUCACCGGUCGGCUUGUUGGCAAUGGUUCAAGUGAUAUUGCUUGUCUUUACACACAACAAGGCAAAAAAGGAACUAACCAAGACGCCAUGCUUGUCUGGGAGAAUUUCUGUUCGAGAAGCGAUACAGUGUUAUGUGGUGUAUUUGAUGGACAUGGUCCAUUUGGUCAUAUGGUUUCAAAGAGAGUCCGAGAUAUGUUACCUUUCACAUUAUCAACUCAACUGAAAAAGACAUCGGUAACGGAACAAAGCGGCUCCAAGAAUGGCCUCGAGUCUGCUACUUGCGUAGAUGAAGAGCAAUUGUGCGAUUUACAGCCGAGUGAGAAGGACGGGAAGCUACUUCCAGAGAUGUAUCUCCCGCUGAAACGGGCUUUGCUGAGGACUUGUCAACAGAUGGAUAAAGAGUUAAAAAUGCAUCCAACCAUCGAUUGUUUCUGCAGCGGAACAACUUCUGUCACUGUGAUCAAACAGGGUAAGGAUCUAGUGGUGGGAAAUAUUGGUGACUCGAGAGCCGUUCUUGCCACAAUAGACCAAGCAAAUGCUUUGAUCGCUAUUCAAUUGACUAUAGACUUAAAACCCGAUUUGCCAAGUGAAUCAGCAAGAAUCCAGAAAUGUAGAGGUAGAGUCUUUGCUUUACAAGACGAGCCUGAGGUUGCACGUGUGUGGUUACCGAACAGCGAUUCACCUGGUUUAGCAAUGGCUCGAGCGUUUGGGGACUUCUGUCUUAAAGAUUAUGGUCUAAUAUCUGUUCCGGAUAUCAACUACCAUCAACUCACUGAAAGAGACCAGUUUAUUAUUUUAGCCACAGACGGGGUAUGGGAUGUUUUGUCGAACAAAGAAGCUGUUGAUAUUGUGGCUUCAGCUCCUAGUCGAAACACUGCGGCUCGUGCUCUAGUCGACACAGCAGUUCGAGCAUGGAGGCUCAAAUAUCCUACUUCCAAGAACGAUGACUGCGCUGUAGUAUGCCUCUUUCUUGAAGAUUCUCCAGCAGAACCGUCAACUGAAAUUUCAGAAUCCGUUAAUCAUCCACACAAAGAGUCUUCAGAGAGUGUCACUGUCACAUUAAACAAAGAUGGUGACAAGAAGGAAGAGGCUGCAACAGAAACAGAUGAGAUCAUACCGGUUCGGGAGAUAAGAGAAGAUAAGACGCCUGCGAAUUGCAGGACUGAGUCCAAGAAGACAACACUCGCUGAGUGUAUAUCGGUUAAGGAUGAUGAAGAGUGGUCGGCGUUGGAAGGAUUGACAAGAGUCAACAGUCUUUUAAGCAUUCCCAGGUUCUUCUCUGGCGAGCUAGGAUCAAGUAGCUGGAGAAAAUGGUUGUGAGUUAACAACUUUAGAAAGUCAUCGAACAAGCAAUCACUGAUUUUCAUUUCAUGAUUGAUUUUCUUUCCAUUGAUGACAUGAAAAUCAGUGUUAACGAAUGUCACAAAAUGAGAUUUGUUUCA